CUCCACGCUGCCCCGACCCCGCCCUUCUCCAACCUCGUGGGUGUCAGCGUCGGGACGGGACGCUGGUAAUGGAGCGGGACUGUUGCGCUUGUGGGGAGAUGUGACACUGUCCUGAACUGCACACUGUGCGUAAACUUCCUUACUAAUUAAAAGAGGUUGACAGAGUUAUCAACUGAGGGGAAAAUUCUUCCUGAAGAUUGGGACACUGCAGGGGCGAUGAGAGGCCUUCAUCCCGCCGCCGCGAUGGCGUUUUCCGUCAUCCUGCUUCACGCUACGCUUCUGCAGGUCCUCUUCAUUGUAGCCUCAUGCGAUGAGAGAAACGUCAAUCACAUCAACUUCUACAACAUUGUCCCGCCCGCAGACGUGACCCCUUUCCCCAAAAGCUUCAAGUGCUUCACCUGCGAGCGCGCCUUGGACAACUACAGCUGCAACCGGUGGGCCGAGGACAAAUGGUGUCCAGAGGAUACGCAGUUCUGCAUGACCGUGCAUCGCUUCGCCAGCCACGGCAAGACCAGGUCUGUGACCAAGAGGUGUGUGAGCAGAGAGGACUGCUACGCUGUAGGCUGCCAGCACCACAGAGACGCUGGACACACCGAGUGCAUAUCUUGCUGCGAAGGCAUGGCUUGCAACGUGGAGGUCCCGACCAAUCACAGCACCGCAGUGUUCGCCAUGAGACACGCCCCCAUCUCCUCGUCGCCAUCCAAUAGGGUUUGGAAGGUUUCAUUGCUGCCCGCCAUGGUGUUGAUGGUGCUCUUGUGAUGGCAGAGUCCUUCCGAAACUGGACCUGUAGAGCCCCCUUGGUCUGACUGCAGCUCACAGACUCUUCACAAACAAAUCUGUGGAUGUGUGGAAGAGAUCUGUGGAUAUGUGGAGGAGCUUGGUGUGGAAGCAGUCAAAUGGCCAGACCUGAAGCCUCAUUAAUGCCUGUACAUCCUAUGAAGAUGACCAAUGGAAACUCCUAUAAAAAAUAGUCUUUUUUUACUUACACGGAUUUGUCGGACCUCAGGGUGUUCAUUUAGCUAGAAUGGGUGAUCUGUUUGUAGCUCAAGGACGUGAUGUGUUUGAGGCAAAUGAACCUCAGUGAUUGAUCCCUCCCAUAGCAUGUAACCCUGCACCGUCAUUACUUAGACACAGGAUCUGACAGGGGUAUUCAGGAGCCAGGCCAGAUUUGGCUGAACAGAAUUAAAGUUUAACACUAAAGGAACUGAAAGUGGCCAUCACAGAGUGGAGAUUGCAUCUGUUAUUGACUUGAUACAGGUCUGUGACUGUACUACUGCAAUGGAGAUAGGAUUCUAGAUUGUGGAGACAUAUUUGUUCUACCUGCGAAUGCAAAUCAAAUGUGAAUAUACAGUAACGUAUUGAACAUGUGGUCAUUAAUUCCUGCAGGGUAAUAUUUCUAAUAUGCCAUGAAAGUGACUAUGACACUGUAAUCACUGGAGGUGAACACUGGAGUGAACUGUAACUUCAAAAAUGCUAUUGUAUACCAACUAGCGAGCUAGCUAGGUAAAUUCUGUUUUUAUUUAGCCAUGUACCCCACUAACAUUAUGCUAACAUUUUGCUCAUAAAACAGGGGAAAAUGUUAAUUAACGCGAGGUGAAAUGUGAAAUGAAAAGCACUAAGCGUGCCUGCCCUGCAUUAUAGUUUACCUUGCAUUAUUAAUUUAGACUCAUCCUUAAAAAGUGAUGAGAUUCCAUAUAAGUUAACAGGAAUAGUCUCCAGGGGGUUGUUGCUGUGUGCGUUAAGUUCAGUGAUGACGCCGCAAUAGCACACUGUCUAUAAUCAUGGAACCUUGGCACAUCUGUCCUCCCUAUUGUAUUAACAGCAAAAACAUUCUCUUCAAAGCAAAUGCGUGUUGUGAGGAUGUACAUUUUACCUUCCUCUGUCCUUUAGAAAAAGCUUGACAUUUAGUCUGCCUUCAUUCUAUUAUGUUUAUUCGAUUAACUCAAUUGAAUUUUAUAAAUUGUAUCAGUUUGCCGUUGACUGCUCAUUGGAAGCAAGAUGUUGAUGUGAGUAUAAACAGUAUGUUGGCAAGCCCCAAAUAUAAUAAUGCAAUUUUGAGUAAUUGAAAAUGGCACAACUUAGAUGAUGAUUUUCCAUCAUAAACCUUGACCAUUUACUCCAUAUGGGAAUUUACCAUAAGCCUUUAAGUAUAAUUACUUGCAAUAACAUUGCAUGUAGUCAUUAAGCUUCUUAGACUGGGAGCUCAUUGUGUAGCACAGUUAAAAAUAAAUCUUACUUAUAACUUACUUUAGCUUACGAUAAGGUUUACUCCUAAGUAGCCACUCUUUCGAAAUGACUAACUAGCUUCAUACCGAUUGACACAGCUUCAUACAGCAUAUACUGUACAUACAUUUCUGAUGGUGAAAAAUGUUCAUAAAAUGAUGUUUUCUUAAAUGCAGUCCAGUAUUUACUUCACGUAGAUGUUACCUUUACGUUUUAUUCUAAAGUCACCUUAGGUACAUGUUUUAAAUUAGUAUUGCAAUAAAUGUCUUCAUUCGUAUUCAUUAAGUGGACAUGUGGUUGGAUGCAAUCUUAUUUUCCAUAAUUUAUUUUUGUUUAAUUGUUAUUUAAGUUAAUUUUGGAAUUCAAUUAUUGUUCCAGACCUAAUUUUUAGGCUGCAUACACAAAAAAUGUAAGAUUAUUUGACUGUAUUAACGAACAUAACUAAGUUGUAUAUAAUAGUUGUAUAUAAUAGUGAAUUGUACAUAUUUUGAAUAAUCAUACAGUCCAGUUUAAUAGGGUUUAACAUGAAACUUACUAAUGAAAGAACAGUGAGUUGUUGAGAGCUUUCCUGCACUGUAAAUUGGGUGUGCUUUUUAGAUUGUGUCUUUGAUUCUAUAUUUGUCAGAAAUUAAGCUCUAUUUAAUUCCCCCACCCUUGCCUUCAGGUACCACACACGUAGGUAUGCCCUGUGCGAGAGAAAGCUGAAAUCUGUGUCAGCCUUUUUCCUUCUCAUUUACCGUCUCUACGGAUCAGUUUUCCACUUCGCAAGUUUUUUGUACUGUCAAAUUUAAUAUGUCUGAACAUUCUGAAAAUGGCCGCAAUCAUUAAAAAACUUAUCAUAA